GUAGCUGCUAAUGUAGGGUGUCACUUAAUGCCAUAGCAACAGUAAACAUUCACUUAAGGGUUAAUGAGCUGUAAAUAGAGAUGCAGAAUACAGCAGGGACCAAGAUGGCAGAACUUAUUACUAAAUCUAAUUCCAUGAGAAAAAGAUGCAAGGAAAAGAGAAAAGAGUUGGUGGACCUAGAUCAUAAAAUUGAGAAAAGAGCAGCAGAGUUAUGACACAUGUCUUGAGGAGAAUUUGGGAUGUUACAAAACAAAGGGUUUCUCUCAUUAAAAGUCAUGUAAUAACAUUUGUGUUUUCUAACAAUUCUGUAGAUUAUUUGUCAACUUUUUGGCUUGUGAAAGGCUGUUUUGAGGACUUUCAUUAUUGAUCUUAUUUUCAGGAUUCUAUUCUACAUGGUUCCUUCAUACAAGGCAUUGUGUUGUUUAGUGUAAUCCAGUUUAUCUAGGUUACGUUCUCUCUGUUCUACAUCACAAAGGAACAAAAAAAAGAAAAUAAAAAGGUCUCAAAGAAAAGUAUUUUUUUUUUACUUACCGAGUUUACACAUUGCACAUAAUUGAUACCAUUGCACAUAAUUGAUACCAAAUGGAAAACUUUUGAUUUCUAUUGUAGGAGGCAAUAAAUUGAGUAGCCUGUUCCAAAGAAAUUAUGAAAUUUUUGGGUCUUAAAUUAUAUUUGUUGAGGUCUUAAAAAGGUCUUAAAAAGCAUUAAAUUUUACUUUUAAAAUGGUGCAAGAACCAUGGGCCAGAAGUGUGGCAUGGUCUAGAGUGUGACUACUUGAUCCAGAAACGGCAAAUAGUAUCCUGAAUAGUCUGUCUGAUUUCAUGGAUAUUCUGGAAACAUUGCCUCAACCACAAGUUCCCCAGGCUUACAGUGCUCCAUUGGUGAGGGGUUUCUCUGGUCAACCACAAUAUUCCAUUACACAGGAGCAGUUGCGUUUUCUGCUGGAAUAUAAUUUUUCAACAAAACAGAUGGGCGAAAUCUUGGGAGUCUCCAAACGAACUGUAAAGCGACGUUUAAGGAAGUACAACAUUUCACUUAGAGACAGAUACUGCAAUCUAUCAGACUCUGAUCUUGAUAACCUGGUCAGAGAAGUAGUUGGAGGCAACGAUGAGCUUGGGGCAGAAGCGGUGAGAGCUCGUCUGGCAGGUCAGGGGAUUGUAGUGCAGCGGCGCAGAGUGCGACAAAGUUUGAUCAGGACCAAUCCAAUAGGAGCAGCCCAGAGGGUCACCACGCGCAGACUACCCCCAAGAAUUUAUCAAGUUGCAGGCCCAAACUCAUUAUGGCAUUUGGAUGGCAACCACAAGUUAAUCAGGUGGCGAAUUGUCAUACACGGUGGAAUUGAUGGUUACAGCAGACGUGUUGUUUUCUUGAAGGCUUCUGACAAUAAUCGGAGCAACACUGUUUUUGAUAGUUUUGUAGGGGCCAUUGGAAAACACGGACUACUUUCUAGAGUUCGCUGUGAUAAUGGAGGUGAGAACAACGCAGUCUGUCUUUUUAUGAACAUUUUCCGGGGCACAAACAGAGGAAGUGCUCUGAGAGGAAGGAGCACGCACAAUCAAAGGAUUGAGAGACUGUGGGGUGAUGUUUGGCGGCGCAUCACUAAUACUUACUACACCUUGUUCCUGCUUUUGGAGAGUGAGGGUAAAAUUGACAGCUCUAGUGAAAUGCAUCUCUGGGCAUUGCAUUAUGUGUAUAUACCCAGAAUCAACAGGGAUCUUCAACUGUUCGUUAAUCAGUGGAACCACCACAAGCUAAGAACUGCACGUUACAUGUCUCCCCACCAGAUCUUUAUCAGAGGAUGUCUCUCACAGCUACAUCGAAACCACACUGGUAUACAGGGAAUUCUUGGUGCAGAUUUAAAAUUACACAAACAUUACAAACGGAUAUAUAGUUCAUUAUAUAGACCAUAUACAGUGGGGAUCGAAAUCCACAAACUUGGAAACAUCGUCAUCCUCACAGACAAAGACACCCUUAAACAAGCCAUGAUCUUCAUCCCUUGA